AAAUGUAUUGGAAAAGAACUCGGCAGACGGCAAAUCUUUGAGCGCGGUUUUUUUUUUUUUUACUGAUUUAAAAACUGCGUGAUCGUGGCUAUGACGCCAUAUCACAUUUCUCAUCAACGUCAGUAGCGUUCGUGCUCUGAAAGAAAUCUGUCAAAAUUGACCAAUCAGAGGUUAGCAUUCGUUAAGUUUGCCAACAGAGUUGCCCACAGAGUCGCCCACAGGAGUCCACAGGCGUUCGUUCACUUCUCGAACCAAGCCCCUCUCUCCUUUUUUCGCUCCGCCGUUUACUCGCGCUGCGCCUCGACUAAGUCAAGUAACUGGAAGAGGAUAGACACAAACAGCAGUGAUAAACAUAAUACACCAACACAUAUUUAGACUUAACUUGACGUUUCAUGUACUACAACUUAACAUACAUUCCCCAGCAUACAAAACGUCAGGUUUAGUAUAAAAGUGCGUUGGUGUGCAAUGUUUAUCAACGCUCUUUGUGCUAUGUCCUAACUUUAUUCCAGUCCUCUCGACCGAGGAGGGUUUGAGAGAGGACAUCGAUGCUUGACCGUUUUGGGAGGUGAUCUACCCGAGUCACUCUUAUUAGCGAGAAAAGGUGGAGACCCAUGAUUUAAUCGACACAGGAGCUCCUGAUUCAACGCUGGUUUCCUUCCCGAUAACAGCUAUUGGUUGAUUUCUUACUAAAACAGGUCGAAUAGAGCAACGACUUUUAUUUGUUGGAAAGGGUACCGAGGCCCUCACAGCUUAGAGGGACGGGCGGCCCUGGAGACCAGAAUGGUCUCACAUGCAUGAACCAACAUGGCCGCCAGGUCUGCGUGGAAAAUUUUACAGCGUAGCGUACGAUCAACCGAUGAGACUACUACUCACUUUAGACAGUGCAUUUUUCAAAGGUUAAGGUGCUGUUCUUCGAAUCCAGGAUCACAGGGAAAAAUUCCAGAGACUGAAAGCGAGGAGUCCAGAGAGAGACCUCGUACAUACUCUCGACUAGUACGUUCGGGCAUUCGUAACUUCUGUAAGACGUCUGGCAAACCAAAUGAAAUACCAGAGCUAUUUAAUCAAUUUCUUCGCCUUCCUGAACAGUACAAGAUAGCGUCUGUAGACAGUGCGUUAUACUGGUUGUCAUAUUAUGACAGGAAUGAGGCAGCGUUUGCGCUGAAAAAUCUCAUGGAAGAACAUGGUAUUCCUAAGAGCUACUCAACAUAUUCUGUUCUGGCCAAAUUGUACUCCAGGUCGAAUCACAUGGCAAAUUAUAAAACCAUGUUCGAUGAGAUGAUUAAGGACGGUUUAACUCCUACAGCUCGCCACUAUGUACCUUUUGUGGAAGCAUUUACCCAGAGAGGCGAUCUCAUGGGAGCGUUCUCGUGUCUGGAAGAAAUGCAGCGGUCUGGGGUUGUUCGUGAGAGAAACAUUGAUGUACAUACCGCGCUAGUUCGAGCUUGCACAGGCCAAGAUAGUCAGCAGUUACAAGACAAAGUGUUGGAGAUUUUUCGUGAAUUUCGAGCUUAUCGGGACCCAUUAACUAACGACACUCUGGAAGCAAUUAAGACGUGGUUUGACAGUCAAAGGAGUCCCAGAUGGAUGACUUCAUGGUCCACUCCUUCAGAAAUGUAAGCUCUCUUCAUUGCCCAACAAACAGCAGUCUUUUUUCAGAACCAAAAUCCUCAUUUUUUUUAUAGUUGACCAAUUUUUUAUGACACACAAACAUGAAAGGGUUGAUUUUUGGUUGAGGAAACCAAAAUUCAGCCCAUUGUAGAAAGUGUGAAAUCGCCGAGUAUGAAAUAGUCAACAAGGCUGUGCUCUAGAAGUGCUUGAAUGCCACUGAGGUGACUAACUUUUGACUCUGGGUGGCUGGAACAUUCACUUUUUUAUAUAAUCUUAAGUGCUGGGCACUCAGGAUUUCAUGGUUAGGAACCAUUGGGCUCUUCAAAAUAUUUCUUAGACCACAACCUUGGCCAGUGGUAAAUGGCUGAAAAAUUCAAAAUUUAUGCAAAUUGAAGAGAAGUGAGCUUGAGAACAGGGAGAUUGAAUAGCCAAGUUAGAAUAUUCCUGUUUAUAAUCCAUCAAAUAUUUUUGCUUUUGUGCGAUUGGUCUAAACGCAUCAUGUGACUCAAUAUGCCUCAGCUAAAAUUGGGGAAUGUCCAAGUGACAUUCCCCAUUUUUCAAAACCAUCAUGGGUGUGUUGUGAAAAAUAUUCGAAGGAUAAUAUUAAACACAAUAGCCUCCAUUUCACACAAAAAUAUGCUCCGAUAUUACUUUGUCCUU